UGGCUGUGGCAGCACAAGGCGGGGCCGGGCUCGGGCUGCGGCCAGCGCGGCCGGGGCGGCUCAGUGCGAGCCGGGGAGGGUCGAACCCGGAGCAGGGUCCCAGCCGAGCGUGGACUGGCGGCAGGAUGUUCAGCUGGAUGGGGCGGCAGGCGGGCGGGCGCGAACGCGCUGGCGGCGCGGACGCGGUGCAGACGGUGACGGGCGGGCUGCGCUCGCUCUACCUGCGCAAGGUGCUGCCGCUGGAGGAGGCGUACCGCUUCCACGAGUUCCACUCGCCUGCGCUGGAGGACGCCGACUUCGAGAACAAGCCCAUGAUCCUGCUGGUGGGCCAGUACAGCACCGGCAAGACCACCUUCAUCAGAUACCUACUGGAGCAGGAUUUCCCGGGCAUGAGGAUUGGUCCAGAGCCCACCACUGACUCCUUCAUCGCCGUGAUGUAUGGAGAGACUGAGGGCAGCACCCCAGGGAAUGCUUUAGUCGUGGACCCCAAAAAGCCAUUUAGAAAGCUCAGUCGCUUUGGAAACGCUUUCCUGAAUCGAUUCAUGUGCUCACAGCUCCCCAAUCAGGUCCUGAAGAGCAUCAGCAUCAUCGACAGCCCCGGCAUCCUUUCUGGGGAGAAGCAGCGCAUCAGUCGAGGCUAUGACUUCUGCCAGGUCCUGCAGUGGUUUGCCGAGAGGGUGGACAGGAUCAUCCUGCUCUUUGACGCUCACAAGCUGGACAUCUCAGAUGAAUUCUCAGAGGCCAUCAAGGCCUUCCGGGGCCAGGACGACAAGAUCCGUGUCGUGCUGAACAAGGCCGACCAAGUGGACACGCAGCAGCUGAUGCGGGUCUACGGGGCCCUCAUGUGGUCCCUGGGCAAGGUCAUCAACACGCCCGAGGUGCUGCGCGUCUACAUUGGCUCCUUCUGGGCUCAGCCCCUGCAGAACACGGAUAACCGCCGGCUCUUCGAGGCUGAGGCCCAGGACCUCUUCAGAGACAUCCAGAGCCUCCCCCAGAAGGCAGCGGUGCGCAAACUCAACGACCUCAUCAAGCGAGCGAGGCUGGCCAAGGUGCAUGCCUACAUCAUCAGCUACCUGAAGAAGGAGAUGCCAAGUGUAUUUGGAAAGGAAAACAAGAAGAGAGAGCUUAUCAGCAGGCUACCAGAAAUCUACAUUCAGCUACAGCGAGAAUACCAGAUUUCUGCAGGGGACUUCCCCGAGGUCAAGGCUAUGCAGGAACAGCUUGAGAACUAUGACUUCACCAAAUUCCAUUCGCUGAAGCCCAAGCUGAUCGAGGCAGUGGACAACAUGCUGAGCAACAAGAUCUCGCCCCUCAUGAACCUCAUCAGCCAGGAGGAGAUAAGCACGCCCACGCAGCUGGUGCAGGGCGGCGCCUUCGAUGGCACCACCGAGGGCCCCUUCAACCAGGGCUACGGGGAGGGUGCCAAGGAGGGCGCCGACGAGGAGGAGUGGGUCGUGGCCAAAGACAAGCCCGUCUACGACGAGCUCUUCUACACUCUGUCACCCAUCAAUGGCAAGAUAUCAGGUGUCAACGCCAAGAAGGAGAUGGUGACCUCCAAGCUGCCCAACAGCGUCCUGGGCAAGAUCUGGAAGCUGGCCGACUGCGACUGCGACGGCAUGCUGGACGAGGAGGAGUUCGCACUGGCCAAGCACCUCAUCAAGAUCAAGCUCGACGGCUACGAGCUGCCCAGCAGCCUGCCCCCGCACCUCGUGCCCCCCUCGCACAGGAAGUCCCUGCCCAAGGCCGACUGAGGGGUGGGCCGCAGAACGGGGCAGGAACUGGGGGACCUGGGCCUCAGGCCUGCUCCACCACUGACUCACCGAAUGACCUUGGGCAAGGCACUGCGCUCUCUGUGCCUUGGUUUCCCCAUCUGUAGAAUGGGGAGGGUGGACACUGGAAACUAGAUGACUUCUUUUUUUUUUUUUUGAGACGGAGUCACUCUGUCGCCCAGGCUGGAGUGCAGUGGCGCGAUCUUGGCUCACUGCAAGCUCCGCCUCCCGGGUUCACGCCAUUCUCCUGCCUCAGCCUGCCGAGUAGCUGGGACUACAGGCGCCCGCCAACACACCCGGCUAAUUUUUUGUAUUUUUAGUAGAGACGGGGUUUCACCGUGUUAGCCAGGAUGGUCUCGAUCUCCUGACCUCGUGAUCUGCCCGCCUCGGCCUCCCAAAGUGCUGGGAUUACAGGCUUGAGCCACCGUGCCCAGCCUAGAUGACUUCUUUCACCUCCAAAAUUCCCUUAGUUUUUUUGAAAAUAUUGGGGGUAGGGGGGUGGAUUAGGAGAUUGAAGGGUUGAGAAGAAAGAGAAAUUGUCCAAAGAGUCCUCAGAACCUGCCUGGAGAAACGCGCAUGGGGAUGGGCCUGGUGAGUCCCAGGAACCACAGGAAGUGAGCCGAGGCUUACCCGGAGCAGCUGAGUCUUCAGGCUGCCUGGGCUUUUUGUCCUCGUGAACAACUCUGGAGCAGCUGUCUGUCCCUCAGAGGGCACCUGGAGGCAGCAAAGAUUAUCUUAUUUAUUUUAUUUUGUUUUCUGCUAUAUUUAGAGUAGCAAAAAAAACAGAGCAGAGGGUUUCUGCUGUCUCCAGACUGUCUACCAAAGAGAAGAUGACAGAUGCCUCCUGGGUUUGGAAGGGGGAUGCACUGUGGAUCUCCCAUCCAUUCUGCAGUCUCCAGCAGAGCAGGCAGCCAGGCCCCAGUGUGCAUCCAUCCCAGUGCCCCGAUGACCAUCUGGUCAGCCCUCCCAGCCUCCCCUCCAGGGGGCUUUCCAGCAAAGCCAUAUUCGGCUAGGAAUCUGGAAUUCACAACCUUUAUUAACCCCUGGCAAAACUUCCCAUUUGCAUGUCAAAUCACAUUGAAGCCUGAAGAUUAGCUUUUCUUACUGGUUUUUCCAAUAAGUAAUAGCAAAUCCCACUUAUCAUACUUAAACUACAGUAAAGAAAAGAGGUGGUUCUCUGCCGUGAUCGUUUAGUGUGGCCCUCAAACAUUAAAUGUCCCUAGGUCUCCUUGGUGGGUGGCAGGAUUUAAAUUCAAUCAAAUCCUGUUCUAGUGUGUGCAGUGUCUUCGGCCCUGUGGACACAGGUGAAUGAGGGACCAGCCCUGCCCUGGGCUGUUGAGAUCAGUCCUCCCAGAGUUAGACAUUGUUUUUGUAGAAAACAGGCAUUUAUUAUGUCUAGGGUUUUUUUUUUUUUUUUCCUUACAGGAUAAAAGCCUUUAUACAGAAACAAAAUGGAACCUUUCAUAUAAAACCUUUUCUUUAAAGGCUGUGUGCUUCGUAUCAUGAACGCCCAUCAUGAGGCAGGAUUCGGGCACAUACCUGUACUUUUGCUCCAGAGUGUGCUCUCCCCAAAUCCCCUGAGGAAACCUCUCUGGACUGCUGCAACACCUGCGUCAGGUGGAGGUGCCUCCCCUCUGUGGGCACCAGCUUGGGGAGGUAGGUGCCAUCCACCAUUAUUUAUGCAGGAAGAGACACAAAACAGCAAUGGCCACAUGGUAUGGGGUCCUGCUGGCACCAGAAGUGAAUGAAAUCAGAACCAUCCCACUGAAUCUUCCAAAAGCCACAUAAUUUUUUUUUUCUGUCACCUACCUUUGGUGACAGGGUCAAAGGCACAGAUGAGAAAAUCUUGAUUUGGGAGAAGCAUUUAUAUCGAGAUGCCUACCCUCACGCUCCCUAGCUUACUUUCUACAUAAUUUAGUUUUAAGAGCAGGAAAUGCAUAACGUGGUUUUUAGUUUUAACAAGCACUUAAAUUCAUUAGAUGCAUAGAAAAGAACCAUUUAUUUUUUUAUUUUUAUUUUUAUUUUGAGACGGAGUCUCACUCUGUCACCAGGCUGGAGUGCAGUGGCGCGAUCUCAGUUCACCGCAACCUCCACCUCCCAGGUUUAAGCUAUUCCCCUGCCUCAGCCUCCCAAGUAGCUGGGACUACAGGCACCUGCCACCAUGCCCGGCUAAUUUUUGUAUUUUACUAGAGAUGGGGUUUUACCAUGUUGGUCAAUAUGGUCUCGAUCUCCUGACCUCAUGAUCUACCCACCUCGGCCUCCCAAAGUGCUGUAACCUAAGCAGACAGUUCUGUGAAUGCGUGAGGACCACCUGAAGUCUGCAGCCACGGUGGAGGUCACCAAAGGGUAAACUGAGGAAGAGAAGAGGGAAUUCACUUGCUCAAAGGCUUACAGAUGCCCAGGCAAACUGAUUUUGCCAUCCAGAAUUAUCUUGUUCUUUAACUCUGCUCAAUUGUCAUAUAUAAACAUGAAUUUAUAUACAUGUAUGUCACAAGUAUGUCGUUUUAAAACAACGGGUACAUAUGUAAGUUUUGUCUGGAUACAGAAAGCUGCUUUAGAGGGCAGCAGGUUGAGGUCUCCGAUUUCUCCGUGGAGGAAAACCUCUCAGGCACCGUGAUCUCCCUACCUCUGCGCUCUCAGGUGGGAGAGGCGUCAGGCAGCAGAGUCCUUUCCCUGCUGGCACCUGGUAAUGUUCUUAGAGAGAGAGAAAAAAGGAAAUCAUGUGGCCACUUUUCUUAAUAUCCUCUUACUUGCAGUCAUUCAUCAAGAAAAGUUGACUGGAAAAGAAAACACUAGAAAAUAUGAGGGAUGGCGACCAAGUAAGGACUUGUAUCUUCCCAGGACCAGUACAAAGUUCUAUGAAUGUGUCCACACCACCAGCUGUCUCCCUACCCCAGACGGCAGGGCCGACCCUGGGGCCUGCUCACCGUCACUGUUGCCCUUCCUGCACCACCCCAAUUUUCAAAGAACCUCUUCCCCAGAGUGUAUAUGUAUAGGAGAGAGGGGUGGAAGUACCUAAACUCUAGAACUACAACAUCUAAGAAGCUGAGGCCGUGUUUUCUACACAGCAUAUGGUAUCGCAUAACACAAACCUUCCGGUCUUGAGUUUAAAGGGAAAAUGAAAACUCCAGCCUAUUGCUCCCACAGUCUGCUUCCAAGUUGUCAGCCUGCCAGUGAGGGUCUCCUGACCCCGUUUGUGGAGAAACACUGCACUAAGGCUUGGGAAUCUCCCCAGCUCCCAGGGAGGGGUGGCGCACAACAGCCUUCCAACCUGCUUCCGCCUCCUGCUCCAGCCCUGCAGCGUCUGUCACUUCUUUUCUCAACUCACCACACUUGGAUGGCCUGGGGGCAGGGUCACUCUUCUGAGGGAGGGUCAUUCAUUCAGUUGGCUUUUGGCUUUCAUUUCUCCAGGGAUGGACCUGGUUCUCUUUUGAACACUUGUCGUGAUGCAGCAAGAGCAUCUUUGGAUUUGGGGCUGGGGAGCUGUGGUUCACCUGCGGAAGUCACAGCUGCGGCCUGGACCUUUCCACCUCGCACCCUCGCUCCCCCUCCUUCAUUAUGCCUGGAGGAUGCCUGAGACAAUUGCCUUGAAGAUGAGGAAAGUGUUUCACUGUUUAUUUCCUCCAUGGGAUGUAGCAGGCGAGCAUGCUUAGGACAGGAAACCACUGAGUUUACUCAGGUAAAUGCGGGCCUAAUACCAGAGUAUUGGGUUCCAGUGUUGGUUAACCAAUGCAGUUAAUACACAAUGCUUCUAUUUUUCUUCUUUUUGUAAUCUCAUUUAGAAGUUUCAAACAAAAAGACACAGUCUGCUGAUCAAUAAACAUGGAGCUGCCCUGUC